AUGACCGCUACAGUACUUACGAACGGCACGAACGGCACGAACGGCACGAACGGCACGAACGGCACGAACGGCACGAACGGCAUGACGCCUAAACGAUACGACCACAUCCUUGAUUUGCCGCAGCCGCCCCCCGUCAGGACGACUCCGAAUGCUUGGAAGGUCGCCCAGGACUGGCUUAGCAAGCUUCAGGCCAAGUUCGUCGCCAAAGAUUUCUCAAAUCUCUCAGACCUCUUGCACGAUGACUCGUGGUGGAGAGACCACAUUGCCUUGCAAUGGGACUUGCGGGCCCUGCACGGUAGAGAGACUAUCCAGAAAUUCCUGACGGAGAACCAGCAGUCGGAAUUGACGAACUUCCGCCUGCAGGAUGGGGGCGCGUUUCAGCCCAAGUUGGAAAUCGUCAAUAGAGAGACUGGCCUCGCCUGGAUCUCUUCCCUCUUCCACUACGAGACUCGUGUCGGCCACGGCUCUGGUGUUCUGCGGUUAACGCAGGAAAGCCCCGGUGUCUGGAAGGCUUAUUUAGUCUAUACAACCCUCCAAGACUUCAAGGAGUUCCCUGAGCCGCUCAACGAGAAGCGUCCCUACGGCACGAUUGACUCGAUGCCUGGCGGUCUGGCAAAGGGAACAUGGUCUGAGCGACGGGCGCGGCAAAUCGAGUUCCUCGACGAGGAGCCCAAGGUUCUAGUCAUCGGUGCCGGCCAGUCGGGUUUGAACGUUAGCGCCCGUCUACAGCAACUCGGGAUCACCACUCUUGUCAUCGACAAGAACAAUAGAGUCGGAGAUAACUGGAGGAACCGGUAUAGAACCCUUGUCACGCACGACCCUGCCGAGUUCGUUCACAUGGCCUACCUGCCCUUCCCCAAGAACUGGCCUCAGUUCACCCCUAAAGACAAGCUGGGUGACUGGUUCGAGGCCUACGCCUCUCUCAUGGAGCUUAACGUGUGGACCAAGACCACCCUAACUAGCGCCACUUUCGACCAUGCCACCUCCAAGUGGACCGUCGAUCUGUUACGCGACGGCAAGCCCCGUACCAUCCACCCCAAUCACGUCGUCUUUUGCACAGGUCAUGCCGGUGAGCCCAAGAUCCCCUCGUUCCCUGGCCAGAAGGAGUUCGAGGGCCUGGUAUACCAUGGCAGCCAGCACGAGGACGCCUCCCAGACCAAUGUCAGGGGCAAGAAGGUCAUCGUCGUAGGCAGCGGCAACAGUGGUCACGAUAUCGCAGAGAACUACUACGAAAACGGCGCCGACGUGACCAUGCUGCAGCGGAGCGGCACAUAUAUAAUUUCCCUUGACAAGGGUGUCUUCAUGCUUCACGAGGGCGUGUACGAGGACAAUGGUCCACCAACCGAUCAGGGAGACGUCGUCGGCGAAAGUCUACCCUACCCCGUCAUGUUCGCCCUGGGCAAGGACCUGACCAAACGCAUCGCCGAGGUCGACAAGGAAACUCUCCACGGUCUCGAGCGCGCUGGCUUCAAGCUCGACUCGGGCAUUGACGACUCUGGCAUGGCCCGUCUCUACUUCACCCGCGGCGGCGGCUAUUACGUUGAUUGCGGCUGCAGCAAGCUCAUCAUCAGCGGCAAGAUCAAGGUCCACCAGAGCCCCGACGGGAUUUCUGGCUUCACUCCGAAGGAGCUGGUCCUCGCCGACGGCACGAAGCUCGAGGCCGACGUGGUAGUCCUGGCCACAGGCUACGACAACAUGAGGACCACCGUCACUAAGAUCAUGGGCGAGACGGUUGCGGCGCGGUGCAAGGACGUGUGGGAUCUGGAUGAGGAGGGCGAGCUUAAUGCUAUGUGGCGACCAAGCGGUCACCCCAAUUUCUGGUACAUGGGUGGUAACCUGGCCCUUGCUCGUAUCUACUCCAAGUACCUCGCUAUGCAGAUCAAGGCCACCGAGGAGGGCCUGAGUCUAAUUGGAGGAGCUCAUAAGCAGAAAUGA